UCUUGUUUCUUCUCUUGCAGGUUUCACAUGGGGAACCUUCUUAAAGUGUUGACUUAUAACGAGCUUGACCAAGGCCCUAAUUUUUUCCUUGACUUUGAAAAUGCGCAGCCGACGGAGGCUGAGACGGCGGUGUGGAACCAGGUGAACGCGGUGCUGGAGGAGGCUCAAACCGUCCUGGCCGAGCUCCAGUCCUACACGGGUGCAGGACAGGAGAUCCGAGAGGCCAUCCAAAACCCCGGGGACCUGCGGCUGCAGGAGAGGGCCUGGAGCGCUGUCUGCCCCUUGGUCGCCAAGCUGAAACGCUUCUACGAGUUCUCCCUGCGGCUGGAAAACGCCCUGAGGAGCCUGCUGGAGGCCCUCACCAGCCCCCCGUACGCCCCAACCCAGCACCUUGAGAGGGAACAAGCUUUAGCCAAGCAGUUUGCUGAGAUUCUCCACUUCACCCUCAGCUUCGAUGAGCUCAAGAUGACCAACCCUGCCAUCCAGAAUGACUUCAGCUACUACAGAAGGACCAUCAGCCGGAACCGCAUCAACAACCUGCAGCUGGAUGCAGAGAGUGAGGUGAACAACGAGAUGGCCAACAGGAUGUCCCUCUUCUACGCCGAGGCCACCCCCAUGCUCAAAACUCUCAGCAAUGCCACCACCAAGUUUGUUUCGGAGAACAAGACCCUCCCGAUUGAGGACACGACCGACUGCCUGAGCACCAUGGCUUGUGUCUGCAGGGUGAUGCUGGAGACCCCGGAAUACCGGAGCCGUUUCACCAACACCGAGACCCUCCUCUUCUGCAUGAGGGUCAUGGUGGGAGUCAUCAUCCUCUACGACCACGUCCACCCCGUGGGGGCCUUCGCAAAGACCUCCAAGAUUGAUAUGAAAGGUUGCAUCAAAGUCUUGAAAGACCAACCCUCAACCAGCACUGAGGGGCUCCUGAAUGCUCUGAGGUACACCACCCGGCACCUCAAUGAUGACACCACAUCCAAACAGAUCCGGGCCCUCCUGCAGUGA